AUGGGUGUUCGCACUAGUCCCAAAGUGGGCUCAUCGGCCCGUCUGUUUUCCGCAAUAUCACAUGAUAUGACGUUAUGCUCCGAGUCGCGGGGAGACAAGAACCAAUGGUCGCCUGCCAAUGGCUUGGUCCAUGCCAUGCACCUCGAAGCUUCAUCCUCUGUCUUCCCCCUCGUCACAAUGGGUGCGAUGAGGGCCUCACGCCUCCGCUGGACAGUUCCUCCUGCAGCUCUUGCUGCCUACACGGCGGGAGAGUGGAACAGACGCCUUCCCCACAAAGCCCACUUUACUAUCGGCCCUGCACGGCACGAGGCCGAUUCGGAGCCACGAAGCUCCUCCUGGGAAAAGAAGAAGGGUCCCGAGACCAACGAUCCGGGGUCAAUUUGGAUCAAAAUUGUCCAAAAGCUCGAUGAAGUCAAGCAUACUGUUGGAGGUGGGGAGUGGGGAGAUAUUGGGGGCCUCACCAACUACAUUGUACCCGACUGGGCGCGACUGCUACCUGCAACAGCUCAAAAGCUCCAGCGGGAGCUCUCAUUGGCCCCCGGCUCCCUCGCAGAUGAUAUUUGGAAGGAGGCACACGAUCCCGAGAUCAAUCCCGAGAUCUUACAAGACGCCAAGGUCCGGGUAAGUGGCGAUCUCUGCAAGGAGGAGCAGGAAUUCAGGAAAAAGAGGCAGCAACACGCGGUGAAUGCAUUGGCAUCCUACCUUGAUAUUCCAGAAGAAGAUAUCAAUCCUGAGGAUGUGCCUGUCAUUGCCAUGUGCGGCUCGGGAGGUGGGCUCCGUGCCCUGGUUGCAGGCACCGGAUCCUACCUGGCUGCGCAAGAAGCCGGACUGUGGGACUGUGUAACAUACACUGCAGGAGUCAGUGGAAGUUGCUGGUUGCAGACUCUCUACCAUUCAUCUAUAACAGGUAGAGACUUCAACAAGCUUGUUGAUCACCUGAAGAGCCGGCUGGGGGUGCAUAUCGCAUUCCCCCCGAAGGCGCUCAACUUGUUGACCAAUGCGCCGACCAACAAGUAUCUUCUCAGUGGAUUAGUUGAGAAGCUUAAGGGAGACCCUGGUGCAGAUUUUGGACUGGUAGAUAUCUACGGCCUUCUGCUUGCUGCCCGACUAUUAGUCCCUCGCGGCGAACUAGGGGUCUCUGAUCGGGAUCUCAAAAUAUCGAAUCAACGCGAUAAUCUUCUCAGUGGGGCUCACCCACUGCCUAUCUAUACGGCAGUCCGACAUGAAAUACCUUUAAUCGAGGAAGAAGAGCAUGAAAAGAGCAAUGGUCACCCAACACCUGAAGACAUUAUGAGAGAAGCAAAGAGCGAAUCGUGGUUUCAGUGGUUCGAGUUCACUCCCUACGAAUUCUUUUGCGAGGAGCUAAAUGCUGGGAUCCCCACAUGGGCACUGGGACGGCACUUUAAUGCCGGUUAUAAUGAAAUUCCUGCUGGAGGCUAUCCCAUCCCGGAGCUCCGAGUCCCAGGACUGAUGGGGAUUUGGGGCAGCGCAUUCUGUGCAACCUUAUCACAUUACUACAAAGAGAUUCGACCUCUCGUGAAAGGACUUACUGGCUUCGGUGGAAUUGACUCCCUCAUUCAAGGCAAGAACAAGGAUCUUGUUCGAGUACAUCCCAUUGAUCCUGCUGCUAUUCCCAACUAUGUCAUGGGGAUGAAAGACCAACUGCCAGAAUCAUGCCCCGAGUCGAUUUUCAAAGAUCGUCACUUGCGCCUUAUGGAUGCCGGCAUGAGUAACAAUUUGCCUAUCUAUCCUCUCAUCCGGCCUGGACGAGACGUCGACGUCAUUGUUGCUUUUGACGCCUCUGCUGAUAUUAAGCGUGAGAACUGGCUCUCCGUUGUGGACGGUUAUGCUCGACAGCGAGGCAUAAAAGGCUGGCCUAUUGGUGCUGGAUGGCCGAGGGGAAAUGAGAGCUUAGAAGAAACAGAGAGAGCUCUCCGUGAGCCGCAAAACAUUACAGAAGAGAAAGUGAACGAGAAAGUUUCCGGUGCUCAAAACCUACAGAGUGUCUCGAAUUCAGACGGUCCAACUGAUACAGAUUUGGGGUACUGCAAUGUCUGGGUUGGGACAAAGGAGGAAAGAGUCUCCAAGGAUGAACCCCCACCAUCUAAGAGGCUUUUCCAUCCUGAAAAGGCUGACGAUCAUUCCGAGUCCGAUUUCCAUCUUAUGCGGCCUGACGCAGGUAUCGCUGUUGUCUACUUCCCGCUCAUUCCUAACCCUUCUGCGCCUGAUUUACCACCUACUCCUAAAACUCGUCCACUCGCCGCCGCUCAUUCUAUCCAACAAAACGACUCGCAGUCUAAAGAUACAACCCCGCCAGUGGUGCCCCAUCCGAACUCCAUUGAUCCUGAUGUCAACGAUUUCCUGUCAACAUGGAAUUUUAUCUACACCCCAGAACAAAUCGAUUCAGUGGUCGGACUAGCAAAGGCGAACUUUUCGCAGGGUGAAGACCAAGUUCGUCGUGUUGUGCGGGCUGUGUAUGAACGGAAGAAGUCUGAUCGAUUGCGUCGGGAAGAAGAAGAAUCCCGAAAGCGAAUGGAGGGGUUUGUGCCUCUGUAG